GGAACCUAGUAAAAAGAAAUAGAUGUGAAUGUAAAAUUUAGGAUGGCCAUUGUGUCAUAUUGGAAUUCCCAUUCCCACUGUCCUUGCAUUGCUUUUGCUUUGGUAAGCAACACGUUAUAUUUCCUUUUUUGUUGCUUUGUUUUUUGAGACAGGAUCUCAUUAGAUAGCUCUCUAGGGAUCCUGGACCAAAGAAGCUAUCUUUGAAUCCACCUUCCCGGGCCUCCCAAAGCUCUGGAAUUCAACCAAUAGAUGCCAUACCACACCCAGACAAUCGUUUCUUUUAUUCACCAAAUACUGAGCACUCGCUGAAUCGUCAGUCACUAUUCUAAGCACUGGAGCACCAGGAGAGGAAAGACCCGGAGGCUCUCUUUAUGUUUACAUCCCAGUGUGGGAGGAAGAGGUCGACUAUUAAACGAGACAUACUAAUAUAUGAUAAAUGAUGAUUAUGUACUAUAAUAAAACUAUUAGACAAAAGAUGGGUGUGGUGGAGCAGGCCUUCGAUGCCAGUACUCGGAAGGCAGAGGCAGGCCAAUCUCUGAGGCUAGUUUGGAGUUUCAGGACAUAAAAGGAUACACAGAAACCCUGUCUUGAAAACCAAACUAACCAACCAAAGUUUGCUAUUUGUUACUCCAGGACCCCAGCUCUCCCAGGACAAGAAUAAAUCUCACUCUCUACCUUCAGGGAAGCAAGAUCCUUAUGAACAAAUUAUAAUCCUUCUGAGUAACAGAAAACAAAAGCAGUAGAUACUACUUAUAAAUUCCAUAAAUUGAAUAGCCAGUAAUUUGUGAAUAUUCAUUUCCACUAUUUUAGUAUAUAUUUUUUACUCAUUCGCACUGCAGAAAAUUGUAUUAAAUAUGCUUACAGGUUUCUGAAGCUAUCUAGUUACCUCUUUGACCCUGUUACUUCGCCUAAGUUGUAGUGAGUAUACACACAAAAAGUCCAAAAAACCCAAUAUAGCCGUUGCCAAUUAUUUCUUGAUGUGAGCAGUUUUUUUCGAAGGACAAAUGACAUUUGGGCUUUCUAUUGAGGUUCUUAGUCCCGCCCAGGUAUCAGUUCAUCGAACUUCAAAGAAUCAGGAGACCAAGGUUCUAAUUCCUGGAAAACGAACUACCAAAAAGUGAGAAAACCUCUAACAAGCCCCGCGCGGGUAACCAGCCGGAACCUUGACCUCAAGAUGGCGUCCCACAGUCAUAAGAUUCAAUCAGCUCCAAUCAAAAAUGGCAGGGUGGGUCGUAAUUUAGAGCUUGAGCCUCUCUAGGUCUCACUAGACAAUCCUACUCUAUGGUUACCCUUCUAUACUUAGUGAGGCCGAGGAGACAGCGGAGACUAUCUAUGUAUAAUCUUCUCUAUGGUUUUCAUUUUCCACGCCUCCUGGCGCAGUGCACGCCGGGCAAGAGGAAGACCUCCAGUAGCUCCCCGCGCAGCGCGGCUGUGUUUGCGGCCUAUUCGAGUAGGCGCUUCGGAACCAGUCUCUGAGUCGGGCGGCGCGCAGAAACCUCCAACCGGUGGAGCCUACUCAUAACCUGACGCCCAGAGGCCGCGAAGACAGUACCGUUUUCUUAGCGGCGGGUGAGUUCACGCUUCCGAACGCGUGAGGAAACCGGUCGACCUGGUACCUCAGCUGCGGGAGGAGGAGAAGGAGGAGGAGGAGGAGGAGGAGGAAAAGCCAGGGUGGCUGCGGAGGGCCGAGUGGGGUGGGGGCGAGGGUGAGGGGGUGGUGUGGGGGAGGGGACGGGCACGAGGCUUGGGCUUCUCUACCCCCUCCAAGGCCUCGAAAAACCAGUGGACUGGGAGCCCAUGGAGGCCGGGCCUACGUCCAGAGCGUUCCUUCGUGAAUUUUUGUCGCCCACUUUCUCUAUUGCUUCAGAUUCCGUUUGGGAGUGAAUCGCCUCGUCCCUUACGGGGCUCCAUCUUAGCCAGGGAUAGGAUCGGUCGGCCUGUAGGUCGGGUCCUGGAGGCCCUUGUUUUAUCCGGCCUCAAGAUCCGCCUCUCAGUAGAUUUCCGGGGCCGAGGACUAAAGUGCCUCAAGGCUGAGCCUUUAAGAGUAGCCUGCGCCCACUCUUUUCAGCGAGGUGCUGGCCACCAACGGAUUUCUUUCUCUCUGGUAGUCUAGUGCCAGCCGCCAAAAAAAGAACGGGCCCCACCCCUCCUUGAGUUGAGCAAGUGUCCACUUUUUGCUUUUUAAAGCACCUUUCCAGCCUGUUGGAGAUAGUGAUGAGUUUCACCAUCUCGUCGUCCCCUUUCCGACUGAGAAGGAUGCUGUACUAUACCAACUGCCUUCCUAAGAAAGUGCUGAGAUAGAGUAUUAUUAUAAUACAAGAGCUUCUGAGUCUAUCCUGAACUUAGUUCGUGUACAUUUUGGGAACUUAUUUUAGAAAAGAUCUAAGUUUUAAAAAAUUCUCAAUGGACAGACAGAGAAAAGAGGGUCUUUGCCAACUCCUUUGGACUGGUGCAGUCAGAAUGUCUUUUCCCCCUCAUUUGAAUCGCCCUCCCAUGGGAAUCCCAGCUCUCCCUCCGGGGAUCCCACCCCCACAGUUUCCUGGCUUUCCUCCACCAGUACCUCCAGGGACACCAAUGAUUCCUGUACCAAUGAGUAUUAUGGCUCCUGCUCCAACUGUCCUAGUGCCUACCGUGUCCAUGGUUGGAAAGCAUUUGGGAGCAAGAAAGGAUCAUCCAGGCUUAAAAUUAAAAGAAAAUGAUGAAAAUUGUGGCCCUACUACUACAGUUUUUGUUGGCAACAUUUCUGAGAAGGCCUCAGACAUGCUUAUAAGACAGCUCUUAGCUAAAUGUGGUUUGGUGUUGAGCUGGAAGAGAGUGCAAGGCGCUUCUGGAAAACUUCAAGCGUUUGGAUUUUGUGAGUAUAAAGAGCCUGAAUCUACCCUCCGAGCCCUCAGAUUAUUGCAUGACCUUCAGAUUGGAGAGAAGAAGCUACUUGUUAAAGUUGAUGCAAAGACAAAGGCGCAGUUGGAUGAAUGGAAAGCAAAGAAGAAAGCUAAUGGGAACGCAAGACCAGAAACUGUCACUAAUGAUGAUGAAGAAGCCUUAGAUGAAGAAACAAAGCGAAGAGACCAGAUGAUUAAAGGGGCCAUUGAAGUUUUAAUCCGAGAAUAUUCCAGUGAGCUAAAUGCCCCCUCACAGGAGUCUGACUCUCACCCCAGGAAGAAGAAAAAGGAAAAGAAGGAGGACAUUUUCCGUAGAUUUCCAGUGGCCCCAUUGAUCCCUUACCCACUCAUCACCAAGGAGGAUAUAAAUGCUAUAGAAAUGGAAGAAGACAAAAGAGAUUUGAUAUCCCGAGAGAUCAGCAAGUUCAGAGACACACACAAGAAACUGGAAGAAGAGAAAGGCAAAAAAGAAAAAGAAAGACAGGAAAUUGAGAAAGAACGGAGAGAAAGAGAGAGGGAACGUGAAAGGGAACGAGAAAGGCGAGAACGGGAACGAGAAAGGGAAAGAGAACGUGAACGAGAAAAGGAAAAAGAACGGGAGCGGGAACGAGAACGGGAUAGGGAUCGUGACCGCACAAAAGAGCGAGACCGAGACCGAGAGAGAGAUCGGGACCGGGACCGAGAAAGGAGCUCAGAUCGAAAUAAGGAUCGGAGUCGAUCAAGAGAAAAAAGUAGAGAUCGUGAAAGGGAACGGGAACGGGAGCGAGAGAGAGAACGGGAGAGAGAACGGGAGAGAGAGAGAGAACGGGAGAGAGAACGGGAGCGUGAAAGAGAGAAAGACAAGAAAAGAGACAGAGAAGAGGAUGAAGAAGAUGCAUAUGAACGAAGAAAACUUGAAAGAAAACUGCGAGAGAAAGAGGCUGCGUAUCAAGAGCGCCUUAAGAAUUGGGAAAUCAGAGAACGAAAGAAAACUAGGGAAUAUGAGAAGGAGGCGGAAAGAGAAGAAGAAAGAAGAAGAGAAAUGGCUAAAGAGGCUAAACGAUUAAAAGAAUUCCUAGAAGAUUAUGACGAUGACAGAGAUGACCCAAAGUACUACAGGGGUAGUGCUCUUCAGAAACGGUUGCGUGAUAGGGAGAAAGAAAUGGAAGCCGAUGAACGAGACAGGAAGAGAGAGAAGGAAGAACUUGAGGAAAUCAGGCAACGUUUACUGGCAGAGGGGCAUCCAGAUCCAGAUGCAGAGCUCCAGAGGAUGGAACAAGAGGCUGAGAGGCGCAGGCAACCUCAAAUAAAGCAAGAGCCAGAGUCAGAGGAAGAAGAAGAAGAAAAGCAAGAAAAAGAAGAAAAACGAGAGGAGCCUGUGGAAGAGGAAGAAGAACCAGAGCAAAAGCCUUGUCUCAAACCCACCUUGAGACCCAUCAGCUCCGCUCCAUCUGUGUCCUCUGCCAGCGGCAAUGCAACACCUAACACUCCCGGGGACGAGUCUCCUUGUGGUAUUAUUAUUCCUCAUGAAAACUCACCAGAUCAACAGCAGCCUGAGGAACAUAGGCCAAAAAUAGGACUAAGUCUUAAAUUGGGUGCUUCCAAUAGUCCUGGCCAACCUAAUUCAGUGAAGAGAAAGAAACUACCUGUAGAUAGUGUCUUUAACAAAUUUGAGGAUGAAGACAGUGAUGAUGUGCCCCGAAAAAGGAAACUGGUUCCCCUGGAUUAUGGCGAAGAUGAUAAAAAUGCCGCCAAAGGCACUGUAAACACUGAAGAAAAGCGCAAACACAUUAAGAGUCUCAUUGAGAAAAUUCCCACAGCCAAGCCUGAGCUCUUUGCUUAUCCUUUGGAUUGGUCUAUUGUGGAUUCUAUACUGAUGGAACGCAGAAUCCGGCCAUGGAUCAAUAAGAAAAUCAUAGAAUACAUAGGUGAAGAAGAAGCUACUUUAGUUGAUUUUGUUUGUUCUAAGGUUAUGGCACAUAGUUCACCACAGAGCAUUUUAGAUGAUGUUGCCAUGGUACUAGAUGAAGAAGCAGAAGUUUUUAUAGUCAAAAUGUGGCGAUUAUUGAUAUAUGAAACAGAAGCCAAGAAAAUUGGUCUUGUGAAGUAAACUUUUUACACUCAGAGUUACAUUUCAGAUUUCUUCUUUCACACCCUUCAAAGGACUUGGAAUUUUCUGUGUCUUCAAAGACAUUUGUGAGAUCUGUAAUUUUUUUAAUGUAGAAAAUGUGAAUUCUUUUGUCCUCUAAUUUGUUGAUGCUGUGUACUCACUUGGUUGUAAAGCCAUCUGUGUCCUUGGUUCUCUUUAUACACCAGGCACAGAUUACUGGUGUGUUUUGUAAGCUGCAGCUACUGUACACAGCCUAUUUGAUAGAAUCUUGUUCUGCUGAUUCGUUCCCUGUAAAUAUUAAAAUGGCUCCCCAAUUCUUUUGCAGAAUUCUACUUAAUAUUAAAACUGUAUUGUAUAGGCGCCAACAUGAAUAAGUUGAAUACUAGUCACACCCAUUACAGUCUCAUCCCCACGUCCCUCAUCAGAAAUGACAAGCAAGCUCUUGUAAAGGCAUGGAGUUUAAAAUUAGAUUGCAAAACCUAGCAGACAGUUCAUUCCUAAUGUAUCUCUGUAUUAAUGUGUUUAUGUGAAUGUAUGUAUAAAAGUCUUUUUUAAAAUUUUUUUGGUGGGCUCCCUUAAACAUUUCGUAAUUCAUCAAUAUACUCAUAAAAGAAAAGUAAUUAUUGUGCCAACCCAAAUAACUAGGAUAAUUAUGGUGUGUUUCCCAGAGGCUGGUAUUCUGCAGUGAGCAACCAGCUUUGUGUUCUUCUGUGAAUAGGAUGAUACAUCAUAAUCUUAACCCUCCCUUAAUUUGAUGGCUCACAAUUGAAGCAAAGGCUAAAAGUCUGGAGCAUUUUACUCAAUACAUUUUCAACUAACUCUAAAUCUUUAUUUAAUUUUGGUGUAUUCAUUUUAAUAAAACAAUUCCAAAAGUAUAAGGGAGGGGAGGAGCUCACCUUCUUUUUAAAGCAAAUGACCAGGGAUUACCUCAGUGGGCGAGCUUAUGCUUAGCAUGUAAGGGCCUGGGGUCUGUUCCCAGCAACAAUAAACGAGUAACUAAGGUAAGUUUACAAAAGAGAUUUGACCGAACACAGUAGUAAUUCACCGUGGUAGUUAAAUGUUUACAUCUUUCUUCCAAAGAUACACCAUUAAAGACAGGUUUCUGCUCACAACGUUUUAUUACUGGUCAUCAAGCUUUAGCUGUAUUGAUGACAAAUCGGCUUUAUUAGUAAUUCAGAAGAUCACCAGGGGCAAAAUUUAUUUGAAAAUUACUAAGUUCUAAACAGCUCUGCCAACAGAGUAGGUGUGGCUGUUGCCAUGUUUGCUUAUUAAUAAGAUAAAGACUGGAUUGUUAGAAUAAUGUAACUGUGAGCUUGAGUUACUAGGUUGUUUUGUUUUUUGUUUUGUAUUUUUUUUUAAACAUUCGAGAGGACAUCCAAAACACUGUUCUUAAUGUUGAACCUUGACAUGGCUUCAUUAUGUAAAUAUUUCAGUUAUUAAAAAUGUAUAUAUUUGA